GGAUGCAGAUCUAUCAAUUGUCAUUCGAAGUCCCUCGGCGCAGCAUACAUGCUCUGUUGGGUCCUCUGUGGAUAUCUCAGCUAUGGCUCACGGUGAGUAGCAUUAUCCGGUCAUGCAGGAAGUGUAUGAAGAAUUCGGCCUUUCCCAUCAAAAGAAUAAUGUGGAAAAGAGAGUCCCAUGGCUUUGUUUUAAAGAUCUGUGAACAUAUCAUUGGUUCCGUCUGAAACACAC